GCCGCUCUUGGGGGAAAGGAAGCCAGUUGGAGGAAGCCUGGCCAAGCAGAGGAUCAGAGGAUUGUGCUGAGCUGCACACAGCUGGGUUUACAAGCUCAAGGUUAGUGGCCCCCCGCACGUCUCCCCAGAGCUGACAUCUUUGGAGAGUUGUCUCAGGAGGGCACGGCGCCAUCUCUCAUCCCCGCAGGAAUUCUGAAGCUCCAGAUAGGAUAGGAUAGGAUAGACCCGGAUCUGCCCCCUCGGCUCAGCUCACCCUACCAUGCGGACUUUGCCCCUCCAGGUCAAGAGUGGAGUGUUAAAAUAAAAUGGAUGAUUUGACGUUACUUGAUCUUCUGGAGUGUCCCGUGUGCUUUGAAAAACUCGAUGUCACGGCCAAAGUCCUCCCUUGCCAGCACACCUUCUGCAAACCAUGUCUCCAGAGGAUUUUCAAGGCCCACAAGGAGCUGAGGUGCCCGGAAUGCAGGACCCUGGUGUUUUGCAGCAUCGAGGCACUGCCGGCCAACCUGCUGCUCGUGCGUCUUCUAGACGGUGUGCGCUCGGGGCAGAGCUUGGGGAGAGGGGGCUCCUUCCGCAGGCCUGGUGUGCUGACCUCGCAGGACGGCAGGAGAGGCAAGAGUAACCCCAGAGCUCUACAGUCCCGCUCUUUCCGGCUGGUGCCUAAUAUCAGAAUCCACAUGGAUGGGGUGCCAAGAGCAAAGGCCUUAUGCAACUACCGAGGGCAGAAUCCCGGUCACCUGAGGUUUAAUAAGGGAGAUGUCAUCCUUCUGCGGAGACAGCUGGAUGAGAACUGGUACCAGGGGGAGAUCAAUGGAAUCAGUGGGAUCUUCCCAGCCAGCUCCGUGGAAGUCAUCAAGCAGCUGCCCCAGCCACCCCCGCUCUGCCGGGCCCUCUACAAUUUUGACCUACGAGACAAAGACAAGAGUGAGAGCCAGGACUGCCUGAGCUUCCUCAAGGACGAUAUCAUCACCGUGAUCAGCCGAGUGGAUGAGAACUGGGCAGAAGGCAAGUUAGGAGAUAAAGUCGGCAUCUUCCCAAUCUUGUUUGUAGAGCCCAACCUCACUGCAAGACACCUCCUAGAGAAGAACAAAGGCCGUCAAUCGGUCCGCACAAAGAACCUGUCUCUGGUACCCUCAUCCUCCCGAGGCAAAGCAGCCAACACGCCCACCCUCCGCAGGGGCCCUGGGUCCAGGAGGAAAGGGCCCGGGCAGUUCUCCAUCACAACAGCUUUGAACACUCUCAACAGGAUGGUCCAUUCUCCCUCGGGGCGCCAUAUGGUGGAGAUCAGCACCCCAGUGCUCAUCAGCUCCAGCAACCCCUCUGUGAUCACCCAGCACACGGAAAAAGGAGAUAUUCCUCCCAGCUCUGUGGGGCAGGUCAGCACUUACCAUCCCAUACCUGGCUCCCCAGGACAUUCCGCGACCAUCGUCAAUCUGUCCAGCUCCCAACAACACCUCUCAGCAAACAUGUUUGUGGCCCUGCACUCCUACUCAGCCCAUGGACCCGAUGAGCUGGACCUACAGAAGGGAGAAGGCAUCAGGGUCCUGGGCAAGUACCCAGACGGCUGGCUCAGGGGCGUCUCCUUGGUCACUGGGCGGGUUGGCACCUUCCCCAACAACUAUGUCAUCCCCAUUUUCAGAAAGACAUCUAGUUUUCCAGAUUCUCGGAGUCCUGGUCUCUACGCCACAUGGACGUUAUCCAACUCCUCUGUGUCCUCCCAAGGCAGCAUUUCAGAAGGUGAUCCCCGGCAGAACCGUCCCUUCAAGUCCGUCUUUGUGCCCACCGCCAUAGUCAACCCUGUGAGGAGCACAACCAGCCCGGGGACUUUAGGACAGGGCUCUCUUCGGAGAUCCGGGAGGAGCAGCAUGAGAAAGAGUAAGUGGUGGCAGAGAGAUGGAUCCCUGCAGAGGCCCGUCCAGUCAGGGAUCCCCGCCCUGGUGGUGGGCUCCCUCAGACGCAGCCCCACCAUGGUGGUACGGCCUCAGCAGUUCCCGUUCUACCAGCCGCAGGGGGUCCCCCCUGCCCCCUCCACGGUGGUGGCAGCGGAACUGGGACCGCAGCCCGCUCCCACCGGGGAGCCUGCCCUCACUUGUGUCAGCAGAGGCGGCGACACCAGGACCCGCUCAGCCGCCAGUUCCCUCAUCAUGGAAGGCAAGGAAAUCCCUGUCAAGAGCGAGCCUCUACCUAAACCACCUGCAUCCGCCCCACCAUCCAUCCUAGUGAAACCAGAAAACUCCAGAAAUGGCAGCGAAAAGCAAGUCAAAACUGUGCGAUUUCAGAAUUACAGCCCUCCUCCGGCCAAACAGUACACCUCCCACCCGUCAGGAAAGCCUGAACAGCCUGCCAUCCCCAAGGGGUCCCAGCCCGAAGCCGCCCCCUCAGGCCCAGAGAUGACCGUCCUAUUCGCCCACCGAAGCGGCUGCCAUUCGGGACAGCAGACAGACCUCCGGAGGAAGUCGACUUUGGGCAAGACCACCACCCCAGUGUCCACUGCUUCGGCCACACAGACCGUGUUUCCCAGCAAAUGAAUCUACGGGUGGCUUUUCCCAGACCCCAGAGAGACCCGGUCUUGGUCAUCUUCCCAGGAGGAGCUAGCAACAACCGGGAUGCUGAAGAGCACAAAUGAUCUGCUGGGAUGGAAACUGCUCAGUGGAGAGUUUGUGGACCACAUGAUAUUCCUUGGACAUCGGGGAUGGUACCGGAAUACCAACAGGCUGGCCUCUGGGACAGAAGGGCAAUAGGAGAAAGAACAAAUCUGUCUUCAUCCAGAGUAUCCGUGGAUGGUGAGCCAGGAUGGGGAACAGCACAUGAGCCAUGUUCUGUUCCAGGUUACAGCAGACUCCCACCUCUCCUGGUAGUCUGUUCUGUUGUCAAAGCCAGGCUUUGUCUUGCCAGUUUCUCACACCUUGGCACCUCACUGACAAAUGAGAAGACUAGACUUCAGAUUCCUUCCAACUCUGUGACUGGCCAGUCUGUGCAGCUCACAUUUGGAGUAGUGCAGGUAGGGGAUGGUAUCACAUUCUCCUCUUGGAUAUUCAAGCCAGAGAAGCCAAUGCUUCUUCACAACACCCCUAGCCUUCACCCCCUCUCCUGACUCCCACCAAGCUUCCUAUGUCCAUCCACCACAUCUUUGUUCUUUUCCAUUCCAAUUCCAUGCUGUCUUUUCCCCCUGACACUCUCUGGUCCAGAGGAUUUCUGUUCCAACAUACUGAUCAAAGAAAUAAGGAACUGGUACAUAAGGAAUCUCAGAAGAAAAUGAUGAUGUAAUAAUAGAGAUACCACAGAUUACAGUGCUCACAGUGAGGCUAUUUCAAGUCUAAAGAUACAAAAAUCAAUUAUAACCAUUCAUUCUUUUCUGUUCAGAGUAAGUCAUCCUAAAGGGCAAGUCACUAGAAGAUCUUCUAUGCCUGGUUUAAAAAAAAAACUCUA